AUGAGAGGUGUUGGCUUUGUUGAGAGUGGACUUACUGUAAAUGGGAGUUCUUUAGGCUGGAAUCAAACUAAUCAUUGCAAGCUGCUAGACGCGUUGGCCCAUGAGCAAUUGCAACUUUGUCGGCGAAAUCUUGAGUUGAUGCACAGUAUUGUCCACGCCGCCAAGAUGACCAAAAAUACAUGUCAGAACACCUUCGGUGACAUGCGGUGGAACUGUUCCUCUGUUGAAAAAGCCCCUCGUUUUACACCAGAUUUAGCAAAGGGCACCAGGGAGUCUGCGUUUGUGUUCUCACUAGCUUCUGCCGUAGUGAGUCAUUCCAUCGCCAGAGCCUGCUCUUCUGGAGAGCUCCCCAGCUGCUCGUGCGCCCCAGCCCCUGCUGAACAGGCCGGGCCCGACUUCAAAUGGGGAGGAUGUGGCGAUAACCUGCGCUAUGGUCUCCAAAUGGGAUCUGCCUUUUCUGAUGCACCGAUGAGAAACAGCAGAUCUGGCUCUCAGCCGUUCAGACUGAUGAACUUGCACAAUAAUGCAGUUGGAAGACAGGCACUUAUUGAUGCCCAGGAGACCAAUUGCAAAUGCCAUGGGGUGUCUGGGUCCUGCUCUGUCAAAACAUGUUGGAAGGGCCUCCAUGAUAUUAAUCACAUUGCCAUGGAUCUCAAAUCCAAGUACCUGUCUGCCACCAAGGUGAUCCAUCGUCAUCUUGGGACGAGGAAGCAGUUGGUCCCCAGAGAGUUGGAUUUUCGACCAGUGAGAGAGAGUGAUUUGGUCUACCUGGUCAGCUCUUCGGAUUACUGCACACACAAUGAGAAACAUGGCUCACUCGGCACACAGAACAGGCAGUGCAAUAAGACAUCCAAUGACAGUGGGAGUUGCAAUAUAAUGUGCUGUGGUCGCGGCUACAAUGCCUUCACUGAGAGGAUUGUGGAGAGAUGCCAGUGCAAGUACCACUGGUGCUGCUAUGUCACCUGCAAGAGGUGUGAAAGGACAGUGGAGAGAUAUGUAUGCAAAUAA